GCUAAGUACCUGUCAGCCAGUUGUUAAAUAGCAUUUCCGACAUUCAAGUGGAUUACAAAAUCGCUCAGCGCCAAGCGAGACAAAAGGAUAUAAGAGCAACUCAGUUGUGAAAGUUAAUUACUGCAAGUUCAUUUUUCGCAUUUAAACAAUCUAAACGCAGUGUUCCUCGCGGUGUAAAUUUAAACAAAGUUUUAGAAAAAUAUAUUAAAAAUGUACAAGUUUGCUACUGUUUUAUUGUCGGCGGUGCUCUUCGCUAUUGUUUUGGCGCGUCCUGCUGAGGAUGAAGCUGCGGCGCGUGCGGCAGUUACCACAACAACAACACCUGCUACAAUACUCAAGCAAGUGGAUGUCACCAAUCCAGAUGGCAGCUACAAUAACAGUUACGAAACCUCCAAUGGCAUUAAAGUCGAGAACGCCGGAUAUUUGAAGAAAAUUGUUGUGCCAAAACAGGAAUCCACCGAUGGUCAAGUGAUCGAGGAACACGAAGAGUUGGUGUUGGUGCAGACCGGCUUGUACUCCUACUCCGAUCCUGAGGGCAAUAUCAUCACACUGCGUUAUGUAGCCGAUGAGAAUGGCUUCCAGCCACAAGGUGAUCACUUGCCAGUGCCGCCAGCUUAAAUUCAGGAAAGACAGUAAACAAAAUAUAAUUAUUUGCUAAAAAAUUUAAAAUUAAUAACAAAAAAAAAAUAAAAAGUAAGCAAGUAAUGCACAAAUAAAAGCGGAAGUAAUGAAAUAAGUUGUAAGCGAUAAGUAUUACAUUUAACUAAGUUAAUUAGAAGCGAAAAGGUUAAUAAACCAUAAGUCAAUAGUUGCAUAACUUUAAGUAAUUAAAUAAUGAAACGAUAAAAGCUGCCAUUUAAUGAUAAAUAAAAUUAUUGUAUGUGAAAAGUAAAUAAAGUUGGACUUUAAAAAUACA